AUGGCCUCGUCCGCAAAAUCAAGAUUUGAUCUCAUCCGCGAAAAUCUCGGCGAGAUUCUCAACCCGGAGCUGAUUGAGAAUGUCCUCGCGGAGGGACGCAACCCCCGCGUGUACUGGGGUACUGCUACAACUGGCCGACCUCACUCCGGAUAUUUUGUCGCCGCACUUAAAAUCGCCCAGCUCCUCGCCGCAGAUUGCGAGGUGGUCAUCCUGCUGGCCGACGUGCACGCCUUCCUGGAUUCUAUGAAAGCGCCACUGGAACUGGUCGAGAACCGCGUCAAAUACUACCAGAAGAUUAUCACGGCCAUCCUCGAGGCUGUCGGCGUGUCGACCGAGAAGCUGGAGUUCGUGCUCGGCAGCUCCUACCAGCGAAACCCCGACUAUGUGAUGGAUGUCUACCGACUCGCGGCUUUGACCUCGGAGCAUGAUUGCAGGAAGGCCGGUGCGGAGAUUGUGAAGCAAUCUAACAAUGCGCCCAUGAGUGGCCUUCUCUAUCCCAUUCUUCAGGUUCUUGACGAGGAGUACCUCAAGGUCGAUGCUGAAUUGGGCGGUCUCGACCAGCGCAAGCUCUUCGUGGCAGCAACAGAGUGGCUACCUAAACUCGGAUACCAAAAGCGCGCUCAUCUUAUUACGCCGAUGGUAGCAGGCUUGAGUGGGGGCAAAAUGAGUUCUAGUAUUGAAGAUAGCAAGAUCGAUCUCCUUGAUCCGCCCGAGGCAGUCUCUAGAAAGAUCCGAAAAUCGGAAGCGGCCCCGCGGAUCGUCGAGAACAAUGGCAUCAUUGCCAUGGUGGAAUUUGUCCUCCUCCCCGCCGCCGCUCUUGCGGGCAAGCGGGAAUUCCGCGUCGAACGCCGCGAUAACGAACCCUUGGUCUACACCGACAUCCAACAACUCAAAGACGACUACACAAACGACAUUUUAACUCCCCAACUCCUCAAGCCUGCAGCCGCAGAGGCUCUGACCCGUCUCAUGGCACCCAUCCACAACGCCUACCAGGCCUCGUCGGAAUGGCAGGAGAUUACCCUUAAGGCGUACCCGCCCCCGGCUGUGCAGAAGAAGCAGAAGAAACCCAAAGAUAAGGGCUCUCGCUACCCCGGUGCUAACAAAGAACAAGAGAUUCCGGAGCGGCCCAAGGCUUAG